AAGUGUAACCAUCACUACUGCAACCAGAAGAUAAGCGAGCCGUGACUUAACGUUCCCCCGAAAGAGAAGAGUUAUUAAAUCAUACAACUUAUCGCCCAUUAAGGGAGGGCGGCGAUACCAUGUGGUAGUCACAUGAACGACAAGGAUGAGGCAUAAACAACAAGGGGCAGCCGCUGCACAGUGUCUACCAUAGGAAGGGGGGGGUCUGCUGCUUGUACAAGGCCCCUGCACAUGCAGCCCCCUGUGUCCCCCUUUUACUGAACAUAUGCAAUGAACAACACCACCACUCAGCCCCCUGCCAUCAUAGAUGGGGAUGUGGCAGUCGGCUAUGUGUUGGUGCCAUUUUUCCUCAUCACCAUUGCCGGAAUAGCUGCAGCUGUGGUCAUGUAUAUACGUAAGAGAAGAAGAGUUGACAGACUGCGGCAUCAGCUGCUGCCAGUUUACACAUAUGAUCCUUCAGAGGAACUAAAUGAGGCUGAACAAGAGAUAUUGUGGAGAGAAGAGGAUACACGGGUUGUGCAAGGUUGGGCCAGAAGUUACCAACAGCGACGGCCUCUUCUGACCAAAGACGUCAAUGCAUGAUGGUAGUAAGCCUUGGCAUACAACAUAUUCACUGGGGAGAUGACCUGCAGCCACAGAAAUCAUUCAUCUUAAAAAUCAUGCACAACAUGGAUUUCUUUUCUGUGCUACAAUUUGCCUUAAGCAGAUUGACAACAGAUUGCAAACAGAGUGACUGUUAAUUUGUGUGGUUGAUAUGCAAUCUGUGUGUCUAACGGAUGCAGUACCUUUAAUGUAUUUAUUUUGAUAUUAUUUAUUAAAACAUUGUACUGAGGUAUGCAGUGGCAAGACAUGGACUUUCUGUAUAGAGAUACAGGUUCCUGUGGGUUUACAUUUAAAAUGUUGUUCUGAAAGGCAUGUUGCAAUGAGAUGCAAUGGGUCCUUGUUUGAAACGGAAUGAAGGAGUGUGUUCACAUUGGGGUAGAGUAAGGCUGUUCUGCAUAUCUUAAAAUGUGUCAUUCUGCUGUGUGUUUGUGGCUGGAUGUUGCCUGGAUAGAUUUGUGUGUUUGCUGGGUAUUAAAAACAAACUUGACCUAUCUGAUUAAAUUAGGUUCAACAGCCACAUUUAUUGACAUGAAAGAUAGCAAUAAGACUCAAGUCUCCUAUUGAUAAAGAUUGAAAUACUUAUUAAAGUAAGGGUGGAGUGGUACAUUCAGUUUCAUGUCAAAUGAUAUGAUUGAACUUUUGGUUUUAGUUUACUCUCAGAAUCUAACUAUCUACGCCACAAUCCAAAUCUCUUUGUGGUUUUGCCAAAUCCUGUGACUCAUGAAUGGCAUGAAAAGCAUGAUAUGGAAGUAAAUAACACCAAUGUCCUCUCAUCCCAAAAAUGGGAUGUGACUAGUGCCCCAAAAAUGUCCUGUCUUCAAGGCAUGGCACCAGCAGAUUUACCUCCAGCCGGAGAUGAAUGCCAUAGGUCUGACUGUGUCAAGCACUCAGGAAAUGUUGCUUUUUUAGUUUCUUCUUGAAUUAUAACCUUUGUAAACCUUAGUUUGCCUUGCAAUGGUGAAUGUAAACUCAAUACAGUACAACUGUUCUUAAAUGGGAACAUGUAUUGACUAUGAAUAUGAAUUUAUUUGACUGAUGAUGCCGACUGAAGUCAGGCUUGACUUCAGAUUGAGCUUUUUACACGGAUAUUUUCUGUCAUCUGCUCUUUACAUGAAAAUAUGUUUCCUCAUAUUUCCUCUUCAUUUUCUAUGCACUGUACUUCUCUUCAAAAGUUAGGUUUGUUGCGAAAUGAAACUGUUUAAGAAUCCAAUCAUUUGACAUUGAUUUGCACUGGAUAAACACUGGUAUACUUUUCAUGGGCUUUGAUUUCAGGUUGCACUUAGAAAAACAUCAAAGAACUACUGAUGAAAAUGUGUGGUAGGCAGCACUGUAUCUCCUCUAGACUGUUCUUUAUUUGCUUUGAGAAUGAAACGGCUGAUAUAAACACUGAACGUGUAAAUAAAGAAAUGUAACUUUG